CUAAGUAUAUGGCCUUUGCAAGUACCAGAUUCUAGAAGCAGCAUAAGCAAACGAUUCUAUUUUAAAGGAUUAGAUUUCAGAAUCGAAGUCAAAUGACUCAAUCACACGAGGCGACAACUGCCUCAAACUCGAUCCCAACAACAAUGAUAGGGUGGCUUGAUGUACNCCAAUAAUGGAAGGAAUCCAUGUUCAAGUUCCCGGAACUCUCACUCACUGCAGCAGUGGAAGAAGAAGAAGCAGCGUCUCAAGCUCCCCGGAAUUCGAGUUUUGGAUGCUCCGUAACCCCUCUCUGCCCCAGCCGGACCUUCUCUCCGCCGACGAGCUUUUCUCCGAUGGCAUCCUCCUCCCGCUCGACCUUGUCCCGCAUGACCACCCCCGGGUCCCUGACGAAUCUCCGGGUGAAAACCCGUCGGUGUGUCGUACGGAGAUGCCGGAGGGAACCGGGUCAGACGGACCCGAUGUUUCCCCUGCGGUGGUGAGCGGCUCCUCCGCUGCGUCGGCGGUCGGUAGUUCGAAACGGUGGAGGGAUAUUUUCAAGAAGGGCGAGAAGAAGAGUUCGAAGGGGGGAAACGAAGAGACUGUCAAGGAGAAGAAGAGAGGCGGCUUGGGUGGGGGUGCGAGCGGCGCGAGCGCGGCGGAGCUGAAUAUAAACAUCUGGCCGUUUUCGCGGAGCAGAUCGGCGGGUAACGGCGGAGCACGGCCGCGCGUGGGUGCCGGAUCUGGGUUGGCUCAUCGGAAGGUAAGUAGCGCGCCGUGUUCGCGUAGUAACUCCGCAGGCGAAUCCAAAUCGAGGAAAUGGCCCGCAAGCCCGACCCGAGUCAGGGUCCAUCUGGGCCGGAGCAGCCCGAUCUGGCAGGUUCGCCGCAGCGGCAUAUCCGCCGGUCGGAGCAUCGAGAAUCCGUCGAAAUCCGGCGAGAAGGCUCUCAAAAAGGAAGGCGAACUCGAAAAGAUCCUCAAUAAAGACGUUCCCGUUUCGAAAUCCGUGAAAAAAGAAGGAACCGACGGUCGCCGGAAAAACUCCGCCGCCGCACACGGCGGCGCGACGAAUGGUGUGCCCAAAGCUCGUGUGCUCAACUUGAACGUUCCCAUGUGUAUCGGGUACCGAAGCAAUCUGAGUUGCAGAAGUGACGUAGGCCGAAGUACCAUGUCAGCCUCCGCCGCAGCCGCAUCUGACGACGGCGAAGGCGGUGGCGCCGGAGUUUCCGGCGAAGCGGUUAGAGGAAGUCAUUUAUUUAAUAUACGAAAUCUGUUUACCAAGAAAGUAUAUUAAAUCAUUAAUUAAUUAUGUUUAGUAACUAAUCUCCGUACGUGUUUUGUCCAACUGUAGCGAUUAUUAGAACUUUUUUGAGUUCUUGUUUUGUAAAUUAAUGGCGAGCUAAACCUUUGUUCAUUAUGUUGAUACAGUAUGUGUUUGGUUUAAUGUUUUUUACUUUCUCAAUUUUAAGAUUGUAUGUUUGAUUUUUUUGUUUAAUGUGUGUCACUUUAAAUUACGAAUUAAGUAUAUAUUUUGAAAUAAUUAAAAGAUAAUUUA